AUGGAUCAAAGAGAUUUAUCGGCCUGGUCUUCUAUGAUCAGUGGCCACACAAAACAUGGGAGACCCAUUAGAGCUUUCUCUCUCUUCUCUGAGCUUCUCAAAAAUGGGGUUUACCCAGAUAACCAUAUAAUCACAGGGGUCUUGAAAGCCUGCACAGUCACGGCUUCUCUGAGAAAUGGUAAGCAAGUUCAUGGCCAUGUUCUUAAAGCAUGCGUAGACCCUGAUAUCUAUGUGUUCAAUUCUCUAAUAGAAAUGUAUAUGAGUUGCUGUGCCAUCGAUCAAGGUGCUCAAGUGUUCGAUGAAAUGCUUGUAAAAAACACUGUUUCCUGGAAUCUGAUGAUCUCUGGUUUUUCCCAUAAUGGGUUUCCCUUCGAAGCCAUGGAAAUCUUUAGAGAGAUGAAUUUUAGAGAGAUGGGACCCAAUCCGAUGACUUUCACCUCUAUUUUCCCGAUUUGCACAGAGCUCCGACUGUUAAAUCAGGGGAGGGAGAUCCAUGGCUGUGUCUUGCGAUCUGCGUUCUGGUCUAAUACACGUAUUAGGAACUGUCUUAUAGACAUUUAUGCAAAAUGUGAGAGAAGAGAAAAAGCACAAAUGGUGUUUGAUACCAUGUUGAGAGAGAAAGAUAUUUCUUCAUGGAAUUCGAUCAUAAGUUGCUAUUCACAAAGUGGCCAUGGCGACGAAGCUCUCAAGCUCUUUAGAGAAAUGAAAGUGCAGUCUCUAGAGCCCAAUGUGAACACAUGGACUAUAAUAAUAUCACAAUUUGCAAAGGAUGGGAAAAGAGAGAAAGCAUGGGAUGCCUUUAAUGCCAUGAUUAAACAAGGUAUAGAACCAGACAUUAGACUAUAUAACACUAUGAUUUCGAGCUUCUCAAAUGAUCCACUCCAGGCUCUAACCGUGCUUUAUAAGAUGAAAGCCACUGAUAUUAGAGUUAAUCACUUCACUAUAGCAAGUGUUCUACCUGUGUGUGGAAGAUUAGGGGUUUUAGUUAGAGGAAAAGAGCUACAUGCCCACACACUGAGACACGGGUUCGAGCUAGAUUCGCACGUCGUAUGCGCCUUGGUUCACAUGUAUGCUCAAUGUGGGUGCUGGAAUUUCUCUCUCUUAGUCUUUUGCAUGGCUAAACACAAGGACUUAGCCUUGUGGAACUCAAUGCUUGGUGCCUAUGCCAUGCAUGGGCAAGGGCAUUUGGCAUUGGACUUGUUUGAGAGAAUGAAGAGAGAGAAAGUGAAAAUUGAUGGGGUGACACUAACCAAUGUGCUUUGUGCUUGCAGUAGGUCAGGUUUAGUGAGAGAAGGGCUUCGGGUGCUUGAAAGUGUAGAGAGAGAAAGUGGGGUGAGGCCUAAAGUUGAGCAUUAUGGUUGUGUUGUUGAUAUGUUAGGAAGAAAUGGAAAAAUAAGGGAGGCCUUAGAGGAAGCUGAAAGUCAUGGGGUUGAGGCUUGGGGUGCUGUUUUGGGGGCUUGUAGGGUUUAUGGGGAGUUAGAGAUCGGUGAAGUCGUGGCGCAAAAGUUGUUUGAAAUGGAGCCUAGGAACAGUGGGAAUUAUGUGUUGUUGGCAAAUAUGUAUGCUGAGGUGGGAAGGUGGAGUGAUGUUGAGAGAGUGAGGAGGAUGAUGGUGGAUAGGGAUUUGACGAAGGUGCCUGGUUGUAGUGUUAUUGGAGUGAGAUGA